GCUACUGAUUCUACGGUAAUCAUGCACUACAUACAUCAGUACACUACAUAUAGGCGUACACACUAAGAUAAUACACAAUCACAGAUUCAGAGUGCAGUUGAUCUCAUAUCCAGCCCGCGGAACGAAUCAUUCUACUGCUAGAGCGGAAUAGGGUGGAAACCACUAUCGCUGUUAGUGUGGGAGGAGUUAGGCGCCUCAGAUGUGAUAACAGGCUUCUGUUUCCAGCACCACUUUAUCGUCUCCAAAGUUCGAAUCAAUGGAUGUUUAGGGUCUCAGAAGGAUUGGAAAUGAGAAAUGACUGAAGGUUACCAUUUCUGAUGGUAUCUAUGAGUGACUUGCUGCUACUGUGGAUUAUGCUCCUACUCACCGCCGUUUACAGGUCGUUUUGAUCAUGGAAACGUGUUUUUUGUGUCACGUAGUCCUAGUCCGCCUUUCUCUCAUGGUCCUCUUGGUCAUUUUGAGACCCCUCAGUGCGUGGACAUACACAUCCAACAGCAACAAUAUGGAUAGGACAUUGGUAACGAAGGGAUACUUUUCCCCCAGUGUUACGAACUCGGAAGAAAUAACUGCCAUAACUGAUUUACCAAAAGACUUGUUUACUAUUCCUGGAACUUCUACAGAUCUUUGGGAGUUCUCACCGUCGACUGGAUCAGAUAUUCACCACAGAGUCAGGCAUUCUGAUGCUACUGACAUACCAAGGUUAAGUGAAGACAAAUUAGCCAGUGAACAAAACAUGCACCCCUCCACGGAUUCAACCAACUGGACUUCAGAAGAAACUCAUGGCUUGUCGACAGAGCAAAUGAGCUCCACCUUUGUAGUAUCCACAGAGCCUACCAUUCAGUGGAAGGACCAGACCAUCCUAACGCCAGAGCAUAUACCAGAGGCCUACCGUGGGCUCCCAGCAGAACUCAGGGCUGUGACUCAAACCAAGCGCUCAGUAGACCUUGGUUCCCUGUCUGCUACUGAAGCCAGACUGUCUCAGGACAGUAUUGAUACUGAAAGAAGUCUUAGAAAGGACCGGUCAAAUGACGAAAGCACCGUGGGCCUAAGACGAAACCAGUUGACAGAACGAAGCACUGUAGGCCUUGUAGAGGGCCAGUCACCAGACAGAGGCACUUUGCAUCCCUUACAGAACCAGCCAACAGAAAGAGGGUCUUUGGCUCUCAAAGAGGACCACUCAACAGAAAGAGGCUCUGUGGAUCUCAUAGAGGACCACUCUACAGACAGAAGCACUGUGGGUCUCAUAGAGGACCUGUCAACAGACCGAAGCACAUCAGGUCUCAGACAGAACCAGUCGAAAGACCAAAGCACUGUGGUUCUCAGAGAGGACCUGUCAACAGACCGAAGCACAUCAGGUCUCAGACAGAACCAGUCGAAAGACCAAAGCACUGUGGUUCUCAGAGAGGACCUGUCAACAGACCGAAGCACAUCAGGUCUCAGACAGAACCAGUCGAAAGACCAAAGCACUGUGGUUCUCAGAGAGGACCAGUCAACAGACAGAAGCACAAUGGGUCAGGACAGUUCAAACAACAGAGGCACAGUGAGUCAGGACAGUUCAACAGACAGAGGCACAGUGGGACUCGGAGAGGACCAGUCAACAGACAGAAGCACAAUGGGUCAGGACAGUUCAAACAACAGAGGCACAGUGAGUCAGGACAGUUCAACAGACAGAGGCACAGUGGGACUCGGAGAGGACCAGUCAACAGACAGAAGCACAAUGGGUCAGGACAGUUCAACAGAGAGAGGCACAGUGAGCCAGGACAGUUCAACAGACAGAGGCACAGUAAGUCAGGACAGUUCAACAGACAGAGGCACAGUGGGACUCGGAGAGGACCAGUCAACAGACAGAAGCACAAUGGGUCAGGACAGUUCAACAGACAGAGGCACAGUGAGUCAGGACAGUUCAACAGACAGAGGCACAGUGAGUCAGGACAGUUCAACAGACAGAGGCACAGUGGGACUCGGAGAGGAACUGUUAACAGACAGAGGCACAGUGGGUCUCAGAGAAGAUCAGUCAACAGACAGAGGCACAGUGGGUCUCAGAGAAGAUCAGUCAACAGACAGAGGCACAGUGGGUCAGGACAGUUCAACAGAUCUAGGAACAUCCACUGUGAGUCGAGCAGGAGAGAGGACCUUACUUUCCGUGACCUUCAACAGCACAUCCAUGUACCCAGAGGACUCUAAUUCCUCCUCUCAGGCUUCCAACUGGGGCUCCCCUGCCGGCCACACUGGGCCCAGGGACAUCACGGAUAGUAUAUCCUCUACUGAACUUGACAAUACAGACGCUACAUCAGACUCUCACAACCCCACCGACACUAUAUCCUCAAAGGGUAGACAACCUUCUGAAACCCAGUGGCCUGGUACAUUCUCCUCCAGGGGGACCCAUCCACUGACUGGACCCCCGAAUGUGACAGAGCAGCGGGAUCUCACCUCACUAGGCUCGGAGGGGACACCCAGCUCCACCCCUCCACUCAGUAGAUACAGGGACAGAGACACGACCGACUCCAGUCAGCCCCCCAGAGGCAGGACAUCCCAGACAGAAGAUGGUGUGUCUGCUUCCUCACAGACCCCUGUGAUGUUGUCAGGAGGCCCCAGCCGUCACAGCACCAAUGCCUCUCAGGAAGGAGACAGAGAGGUUACCUCCAUCAUGGUCACUGGCCUGGGGACCACCGACUCCCCCACAGGUCCACUCAGCACUCGAGGAGACCAGGGAGAGACGGAGGGGGUCCCAUCGGUCAACACAGAGGACAUCACCAGCCUAGGACCGGGUCCGACCACUGGUUCCCCAACACUAGGGGACCGAGCCACUGCCCUGGACGAUUCCCCGUCCCGGUUCCUCUCGGGCCAGCCUCCCUUCAUCCCCAAGACAGAACAGCCGGCCGUUGCCACGGAGGUCCUGGAGUCUACCGUGCCCAUUACUGUGAUGAUGACCUCACAGGUCACUGAGGACGAAACCAACAGAGUUACCACAGCAACCAGCACCACGCCGACCCCUCCUCCGGCUACCACCAGGAUGGUUCAACCCAGCACCACCACUAUCAUCGAGGCCCGGACUCCACCCACGUCUAUACCUGCCACCACUACCUCUUACACUACCCUGGGUCUCCAGACCUCCACUUCCACACCCCAGCGCCCAGGGACCCCGCAGACCCAUACCCAAGGGCCCUCGACAUGGGUGAGCUCCACCGACGUCACCACCUUGCACUUGGAGACCAGCACGGCCACACCGGGAAACAACACGGCCCACAGUGGCCAGGGCCCGACCUCGACCACAACAGCUUCCUCCACCACCCAGAGUGCCACCUUUAGGGGCACAGUGGAACAGCACAGUUUAGGGAAACCCACUGACAGGGGCACCACUGUGAUACAGGUGACCACAACUCCAAUGGACAUCAGACCAACACAGCAGAUGCCAGGCAGCGCCUGUGAGCCCAAUCACUGUCUGAAUGGAGGGGUAUGUGCAGCCAAAGGAGGGACUGCAUCCUGUUCCUGUCUGCCUGCAUGGACUGGACCUACCUGCAAUAAGGAUGUGGAUGAGUGUGAGAGUGGUCCCGGAACCUCGGGCCCCUGUCCCAGCAACUCUAAGUGUAAGAAUAUCAUGGGCUCAUUCAGCUGCGAGUGUCCCUUGGGUCAGGACAUAGAGAACGGUCGAGAUUGCACGCGAGCCAAGACUUUCUUAGGGACGUUCAGUGUCAACAACCCCACCCAUGACUCCAUGCUGUCCAGGAGUGUCAGCCUUCAUGAGAUCCAGAGGGAGAUCAACCAGCUGCUUAAUGCCUCAUUAUCAACUCUGCGUGGAUACAGACAAUCUAUUUUGAAAGAAAAAGGGAAUGAUAGUGCCAGUAUCUCAGCUGUCAACAUGUUCUCCAUCUCUGCUGAUGUGACGAGCUAUGAUGUCCUCCAUAACAUACAGAUGUCUCUGAAGAACUGUACCAACAGCGCUGGACACUGCAGAGUGGUGGUCACUCAUCAGCUCUCCUAUCAUAAUGAGAGUCUCUGUCUGGCCCAGAACACCCAGUGUCACCCAGAGCGUUCCUUAUGUAAUGACUCCAGUGGGACAGCCUACUGCCAGUGUCCACCAGGGUACUAUAAACUAAACCCGGACGACCAAUCCUGCAUAGAAUGCGGUGAUGGACUGAAACGGGUCAACGGAACCUGUGUCAGGUGCACAUUUGGAUUCGGAGGAUUCAAUUGUGGAAAUUUCUACAAGCUGAUAGCUGUGGUGGUAUCGCCAGCAGGGGGUGCCCUUCUUCUUAUUCUCAUCAUUGCUCUCAUCGUCACCUGCUGCAAGAAAGACAAGAAUGACCUCAACAAGAUCAUUUUCAAAAGUGGAGAUUUCCAAAUGUCGCCUUACGCAGAGUUUCAGAAGAGUAACCGUGUGUCUAUGGAGUGGGGGAGGGAGACCAUCGAGAUGCAGGAGAAUGGAAGCACUAAGAACCUGCUCCAGAUGACAGACAUCUACUACUCUCCCGCGUUGCGUAACUCUGACCUGGAGCGUAAUGGCAUCUACUCAUUCUCCGGCCUGCCGGGCUCCCGUCAUUCCUGCAUUUACCCCGCCCAGUGGAACCCUUCCUUCAUCAGCGACGACUCACGGCGCCGGGACUACUUCUGAAGCCCAGACACCCCGUCUUUCCCUUAAGCCUAAUUUACAAAUUCCCCAUAUGUCCACAUUCUCUCCUUUCUGCACAGAGGUUCUGCGACCUGUGCAGGAAGUGUCCCAUGGAUGUAGAGAUUUUGUAGCACCUGAGGAAAUGUGCCAGACAAGACAUUCAACAGCGCAACAUUUCACUUGAACGUGUGAUAUUCUGGAGGUGUAGGUCCUGAUCAUAUCGUGCUUAUGCACGCACAUUUGCCAUCAUAGUCAAGACAAACCAAGUGUUGUCAUGGUAGCACACACGGGCAUGAAGGCUGCAUCUGCUUUGCCUUCAGCAAACCACGCCUAUGAUCUUCAGCACAUACUGUGGUGGUUCUGUCCUUGGGCCUGGACCUGAAGAUACAUUAGCAUCCACUGGACCGGGUGGAAUUAAGAGGGGAGUGCCCCAAAAACAUUUUGCUCUGAUCGAUCGGCAGAAAUGUAACCAUAUGUUUGGAUGGUUUGUCAAAAGAAAUAACCCAUCAGUUAUACAAAUUACCAUUAUAAAUGGAUGAAUAGUUGUUCUGUUCUGCGAAUUGUGUGUGUGUGUCUGUGUGUGUGUGAACACCCAGUUGCCAACUGCUGUGAUUUUUUUAAUUACCAGGAUCGUUGUAUUGGCCGUGCUGUCUUUAGACGGAAAGAUCUGGAGUUUCCUGAAGCUUUUGUUCAAUCCGGGCCGAAGUGUUUACUUUCGCACUGAAGUCCACUGAGGCCUGACUGAAGUGUUGAGUCAAAGUAUCCUCCACUGCUGCUUUGAACAAACUGUAGCAUGAAUGUGAUCCGCACAGCCCAGAAGCUUGCAGGAUAAUCAGAUCCGUAGCCACUGUGUAUUUCAAAUGUACAGGAAAAACAGGUGGAAAAGAGGAAGUUGCCCCAUUUGUUAUGUAUGUGUCAAGUACUGUUACAUUGUGUAAAAAUAUUUAAUGUUCUGUCAAUUCCUUAUUAAAAACAAAAUACAGUUUUUUACAACCGCAGUAAAAGUGCAGUAACUGCAUAUAUGAUAUUCUGUAUGAAUGUAUUCAUAGAUGGGAUGUAUAUCUUAGAUAGUUUAUUGAGGUUGGAUUUUUGGAACAGUUUUUGUAAUUUAUUGAAUGUAUCUUAACAGAAAUGCUCAACACAUUGUUAAAUCAACUCAUACCCCUUCCUAUUCUCUAGGGAGAAACAUUAGAAAUUUGUGUGAGGCUCUUCAUUGGAUUCGGUUCAAUAACAAUGCCAAGUAUCAUUGAUUGUUUGCAUAAAGAUGUACUAUAUUUUCCUGCUAUUUGUAGAUAGAGUACACUUUUAUAUGUUUGUUGGAUUCCUAAUAUGAACGGUCUGUUAACCUCUGGCGUUUUAGUCAGACGUGUAUUUAAUUAAAGGAAAGUAUGAC